UUUAUUAGUGACAGGCGUGAGACCAACUGAGCUUAUUUAGAUGUGAAAUUUCUUACUCCAGGCUUUUUAUUUAAUUUGAAAGUUUAUGAAAAGCAGUUUUAAAAGAAAAAAACCCUUUCGUCGACCAGACUUCUACCAUUUAUAAUGUUUAAUUUUACUCCCUGUGCCUCGGAGAGAUAACGGUAGCUUAGCUGGUCCAGACUCAUAUGUAAUAAAUUGGAAAUACUGGAAAUACAGUCAAACCCGCAGAUAUGCGGUCGUUGAACUUUGUCCACAGGGUGAGCUUGGACUUCACGGGGACCAUGUUUCCUCACGCCAUCUGUUUGGGAGACGCGGACAACGACUCGCUGAACGAGCUGAUUGUAGGAGACACCAGUGGGAAGCUGCUUGUUUACAAGAAUGAUGACUCCAAACCCUGGAUCACCAGAACCUGCGUGGGCAUGCUGACGUGUGUUGCAGUUGGAGAUGUGUGCAACAAAGGAAAGAACCUUGUGGUUGCUGUGGGUGCAGAAGGCUGGUUCCAUCUCUUUGACCUGACGGCCGCCAGCGGGAGUAAAUCUGAUUCCUCCAGCCAGCAUGAAUUCCUGUCAUCUGAUGACCAGAGACCCUUCUUCACGCAACAUAUUCCUGCUAACACCAAAGUCAUCCUCAUAAGUGAUAUCGACGGAGAUGGGCGCUGUGAGCUGGUGGUGGGGUACACCGACCGAGUGGUGCGAGCUUUCCGUUGGGAGGAGCCAUCUGACGGUUCAGAUGGGGGUUCUGGUCAGCUGGUUCUGCUGAAGAAAUGGCUUCUGGAGGGGCAGGUGGACAGUCUGUCUGUGAACCCGGGUCCAGAGGGUCUACCGGAGCUCAUGGUGUCCCAGCCAGGCUGCGGCUACGCCAUCCUGCUCUGCACCUGGACACAACAGGACUCCAUUGAAUCUGAGGAGGACGGCCCCGCCACGCCGGGGAGCGAGGGUCCUUCCAGAGACGUAGUUCCUCACCUGACCACCGGGAGGAUACACAACAAGAAGGUUUCCACACAUCUCAUUGGCAACAUAAGCAAAGGAUCGAAAGAGGAAUCCGCUACAUGUGGACUGUUUGCACUCUGCACUUUAGAUGGAACCCUGAAGCUGAUGGACAGCUCGGAGCAGCUCCUGUGGUCGGUGCAGGUGGAUCAUCAGCUCUUUGCCCUGCAGAAGCUCGACGUCACCGGUGACGGCAGGGAGGAGGUGGUGGCGUGCGCCUGGGACGGUCAAACCUACAUCAUAGACCACAAUCGAACUGUGGUGCGGUUCCAGUUUGAGGAGAACGUCAAUGCCUUCUGUGCCGGUCAGUACACAUGCAAGGAGGGAAAGAACAGCCCCUGCCUGGUGUAUGUCAGCUUCAGUCAGAAGAUCUACAUCUACUGGAAGGUGGAGCUGGAGCGGAUGGAGUCCACCAACCUGCUCCGAGUGCUGGAGGAGAGACCGGAGUUUAAAAGCCAGCUGAAGGCUCUGGGAGUCGAUGCUGAGGAUUCGGCUAAAGUCAGAGAGCUGGUGGCAAACGUUCUCUACCAGGACGCCCAGACGUAGCAAGAAGACUCAUAUCAACACAUAGCCUUCUCUAUUUUUCGCCUCAAUGUAAAUAGUCCACCAAUAAACCCUCACUAACUGUC